AUGAGUUUCAGGGAUGAUUCUGAAGAUGCGAGGGAUCUACGGAAGCCGUUUCUACAUACCGGAAGCUGGUAUCGAAUGGGUUCCACGAUGGGCUCCAGUAUGAUGAGUUCAUCUCAGGUUAUACGCGAUAGCUCCAUCUCUGUUGUAGCUUGCGUUUUGAUUGUUGCUUUGGGUCCUAUUCAAUUCGGUUUCACUUCUGGCUACUCUUCUCCUACACAAUCUGCAAUCAUCAAGGAUCUUGGACUAACAGUCUCAGAGUUUUCUCUAUUUGGUUCUUUAUCAAAUGUGGGUGCGAUGGUUGGAGCAAUAGCCAGUGGUCAGAUAGCGGAAUAUAUUGGAAGAAAAGGGUCUUUAAUAAUUGCUGCUAUUCCUAAUAUAAUUGGAUGGCUUUCUAUAUCCUUUGCAAGAGAUUCAUCUUUUCUUUACAUGGGAAGGUUGUUGGAAGGUUUUGGUGUGGGAAUAAUCUCUUAUACGGUGCCUGUGUAUAUUGCUGAGAUAGCACCUCAAGACUUGAGGGGGAGGUUGGGUUCAGUGAAUCAGCUGUCUGUCACACUUGGAAUAAUGCUGGCCUAUCUGCUGGGGCUUUUUGUUGAGUGGAGGAUACUUGCAGUUUUAGGAAUACUUCCUUGUACAAUUUUGAUACCUGGUCUAUUUUUCAUUCCAGAAUCGCCUCGAUGGCUGGCUAAAAUGGGUAUGACAGAAGAUUUUGAAACUUCUUUGCAAGUUAUCAGGGGUUUUGAUGUUGAUAUUUCUAUUGAAGUGAAUGAAAUCAAGAGGUCUGUAGCAUCAACAACUAGAAGAACUACAAUUCGGUUUGCAGAACUCAAACAAAGGAGAUAUUGGUUUCCGUUGAUGGUUGGAAUUGGACUACUUAUGCUGCAACAGCUUUGUGGCAUUAAUGGUGUUAUAUUCUAUUCCAGUACCAUUUUUGAAGAUGCCGGGCUUAAAUCAAGCAAUGCAGCUACCUUUGGAGUUGGUGCCAUUCAGGUCAUUGCUACUGCUGUAGCCACAUGGUUGGUGGACAAAGCAGGGCGCCGGCUUCUGCUUAUAGUCUCCUCUACUGGAAUGACUAUCAGCCUCCUAGUUGCUGCAGUCUCAUUCUUUAUAAAGGAUGUUGUAUCAAGUGACUCGACCCUUUAUAGCAUUAUGGGCAUCUUCUCUGUAGUUGGAGUUGUGGCCAUGGUGGUUGCCUUCUCUCUUGGAAUGGGGCCCAUUCCUUGGGUUAUAAUGUCAGAGAUUCUUCCAAUAAAUAUCAAGGGUCUUGCUGGAAGCAUAGCAACACUUUCCAACUGGUUCAUUGCUUGGGUGGUUACAAUGACUGCCAACCUGCUUCUGGAUUGGAGCAGUGGAGGUACCUUUCCUUCUCUCUCGUCAUGCACGCAUGCAUCCACAUCUAUAUCCCCAUCAUAUGAAGUUGAUAGUAUGACAAAAAGCAAAAGCCAGAAUAUCAAAAUUAGGCAGUCAUGUUUAGAAGAUUAUUAAAUCUCACAUAACUGACAUGGACACCCUAACAGGAGCCACGUUAUUAUUGUUUUGGCUUCCUUAUUAACUCAAGCUCCCUUGACCUUCAACAGGAACCUUUACGAUUUACAUGCUUGUGAGCGCUUUCACCAUCUUAUUUGUGAGCCUUUGGGUCCCCGAGACAAAGGGAAGAACACUGGAAGAAAUCCAAAGGUCUUUCAGAUGAACUUUUCUUCUCCUUGUUUCAUUGUUGUUUAGAAGAAUCCAAUUCCUGCAAUUUCCAUUUUGUAAUGAUCUCACAGAUCACUAGGUGUAAAAUUUUUGUUUGCGAUUAUCUUCCUUUGGCAUAGAAAACGCAUAUUCUCUGGUCAGCAUCUUUUUGUACCUGGCUUGAAUUUCUGUAUGUCUCAAAUUUCAUCCUCAAACAAAUAUCUGUAUUGUCUGCUUAUUCGAGUGAUGAAUUGAUUUAUAUUCUUUCGAUGGGGCAAAUCGCUUUGGCUUUUAUUUUGACACUUCAUGAGAACAGAUUAAGCUGUUAGAAUACAAGAAAAGGUUUAGAAACAGUCUUUAAACAAAAGGAUAUGAUUCAUCUGCUGCAAAGUGAUCGUAUUUGGAUUCAUUCAUGAAGGUUAGCCGGUGCUUUUGCUAUGCCACAAACAAGCGGUCAGUGAUUACAGUAAGUUAUUUUCCUUUUUGUGGCAUUGUAACAUUGACCUCAGAUCAAGACCAGAAAGAUCAGUGCUACGAUCACGCUCAUGCGUAGAAUCCGAAUGCAAAAAGGAACUCAAACUAUUACUCCAUGAUUAGAUUUUUCAGUUUCAAGAAAUGAUAUCAUUGAACAAUUCCCGUGAUUGUUUGUCUCCAUCUUUUGAUAUGCAAUGUUGAGUAAGAGAGUGGUUGUCUGAUAGCAGACCGAUGUGAAAAGACUGAGCAAGAAUAUGGGAAGCAUUCCUUGAAGAAAACUGUUGCGAAAUGGAGAUGCUAGAUACCCUUCACCCUAAGGCAGGAAGCACUAGACUUUAGUAAAGAGUAACUAUUAUGCUUUUAAUAUAAAACCUAGACGGUGAUGCCAGAUACCAAUACCAUUGGCUGGUCAAAUUUUCUGCUAUUAAGACAGACAUAGAUCGCUGGCCAGAUGAGUAUCUCACUCAUUAUUGCUUCACGAAGAAAACAUGUUUUGACCCAAAAAGAAACUGCAGGAAAGCAAGGACCACUAAUCAAGUCUUGACAUUUCGGUGCUUAUCACUUUUAGCGGCAGCACAAAGAUCUUAUACAUAAAUGAUAUCUGUAAAAAACUAAUGUCCACUCAACAAUAAUUUCAAUAAAUAUUUGUUUCCACAGUAAAAAAAAAAAAAGGAAAAAGAACUCAAGGGAAAAGAAAGAUGAAAUGCUAUGAUGGCACAUUGAUGAAAAUUUCAAUCAAUAAUAGUCUCAAACAGGUCAAAGACUAGUAAAUAAAUGGAGAAUUAUUGUACAAAAUAAGCUAGUUUCACAUGAUAGUACUCCAGACAUACAUGCAAGUGCAAAAAAAAAAAAA